AUGCCUCCAGUUAACCAAGCUGCCCUUUCAGCCGGCGUCAUCGCCGUGUCGGUCGCCGUGGCGGCUGCCAUCGCUGUUUACGAGUCCCCCGAACUUAGGCGCAUGGCCGAUGACCUCCGCCGCAAGAUCGCCAUCGCUCUGCAUUCGUUGGGCGACAACAUCCAGCCCGACCAGAGACCGAACCCGCAAGACCCCUUAUUCAACAGGCCGGAAGAUGCCGAGGGAUUCAUGCAGUCACGGGCGGAGCCCGGUGUCGAUGCCGACGAAGAGACCAAGAGGAGGCAGCGCGAGGAACUGAUGUAUUGGAAUUCUCUCCGGCUUCAGAAAAAGGACCAGGAGGGUGCAGCUAGCCAGAAGGACCCUCAACAGCAACAACAGACGCCACCCCCGGUACCUCAGAAGCCCACCCACAGUUCAACCUUUGACGACUUCCUGCACCGCGACCGAUCUAGCCCACAGGGAACCUACGUGUUCAACACCGGUGCCGACCCCAGACAAGAGGACGAGGGCCUUCUCCGUCGCCGUGGACCCGAGGGUGUGCGUGGGUUCAGGUCGUGGACUCCCGUCAACCCCUUCGCCGACGAGAACGGCAUCGAACUCGACGAGCAACACCCAGUCAUGCAGCCCAACAUCAUCUCGCCCGGUCGUGACGAGAUGUCCGACAUCUACAGCGCCACUGCCACCGAGCCCGCCUCCCCCGUCCAGAAGCCCGCUACAGCCGGCAUGCCGACCUCUGCCGACAUGCCGACCUCCGCUGCCAUUUUCCCCGCAUCUGCCGACCACAACAUUUCCGCUGUCUUGUUCGAUGCUGCUGCCCACCUCGAUCUGCAGAAGCGCCAGCAGCCCGCCAGCGAGGAUAGCCACACUGUCGAGCGCGAGCUGGGCGAGGAUGAGUACAUGACCGCCGGCCAGGACGACACGGAUCGCGAUGCCUAUGCAAGCAUCCAAGCAUGGGCUCAGGAUUCUCACAACUCCAACCCCGGAUUCUACUCGCCGCUCCCCGUCUCCCCUUCCGCCCCGAUGUCGGAGCCGGAGCUCAUCAGCGAGGGAGUGCUCACGCCCACCGAUUCGGUCUCUGUCAUCAGCUCAUCCGAGGAUCUUGGCAACGCAACCGCUCCUGCCGCCAACACCCAAGAUGCCACUGUUUACUACGAUGUGGUGAGCGAUGACGAGGACGACGGUAUUGCCACCCCCGUGAGCUGGAGCGAGGUCGGGAGUGUUAUCAGCGAAAGUGAUGCUGGCCACGUCCGUGCCUAA